AUGGAGACUCGAGCGAUGUUAGGGUUUACGAUAUUGUUAUUAUGUUGUGAUUCAUUUGCUUCAAAUGCUGAAGAAACAUUCGACAUUCGUCACCAUCUGUCUACUGUAACAAGAUAUCAUGUUGUAAAAGAAAAGAAGAAGAAUUUUCUCGCUUCACCAAGUAUUUCUAAUCAAUGUUCUCCUAUCCACCUAAAUCUUGUGGCAAGGCAUGGAACACGGGAUCCUACCAAGAAAUGGAUCAAAGACAUGGACACUUUAUCAAUUCGACUUAAAUCCCUAGUAAAAAAUGCAAAAGAAAGAGGCUCAUCUCUUGAGAAUCUUCCUCCCUGGUUACAGAACUGGAGUUCACCAUGGAAGGGGAAAACUAGAGGUGGAUAUUUAGUACUUGAGGGAGAAGACGAAUUGUAUAAUCUUGGAAUCAGAAUCAAGGAAAGGUUUCCAAAACUUUUUAGUGACAAUUAUCAUCCUGAUAUAUAUCACAUAAGGGCAAGCCAGGUUCCAAGGGCAUCAGCUAGUGCUGUGGCAUUUGGCAUGGGGAUUUUUAGUGGUCAAAAAGAAGGAAAGCAUCGAGCUUUUGCUGUUGCCACUGAAAGUCGUGCAAAUGAUAUAAUGUUGAGAUUUCAUGAUUGUUGUCAGAACUACAGGGAAAUAACAAAGAAUCAGGAGUCUGUUGUUCAAAAGCUUAAACAGCCUGUAUUAGAUGAAAUCAAAGGGUCAUUAACAACGCGAUAUGAGCUUAAUUUCACAUUGAAUGAUCUUUCUUCAUUGUGGUUUCUUUGCAAACAGGAAGCAUCUUUGUUUAACAUAAUUGAUCAAGCUUGUGGUCUUUUCACUAAUGAUGAGGUAAAUUUGUUGGAGUGGACAGAUGAUACUGAAACAUUCAUAUUGAGGGGUUAUGGAAAUUCACUAAAUUAUCGAAUGGGAGUUCCGUUACUGGAAGAUGUCAUUUCAUCCAUGGAGCAGGCGAUUAUAGCAAAUAAGGAAGGACAUGCACCUGGGAGUUAUGAGAAAGCAAGGCUACGGUUUGCUCAUGCGGAGACUUUGGUCCCUUUUUCAUGUUUGAUUGGUCUCUUUCUUGAUGAAUCUGAGUUUGAGAAACUACAAAGAGAAGAGACCAUGGAACUCCCUCCAAAACCUCCACAAAAAAGAAUUUGGAAGGACAGUGAGGUGGCACCUUUUGGUGGGAAUAAUGCUUUAGUGUUGCACCAUUGUCCAUCAAACAAUGAAACCAAAUACUUUGUGCAAGUUCUACACAAUGAACAACCAAUGCCUAUGGCUGGGUGUGGCAAAGCCGAUUUUUGUCCUUUUGAAGUUUUCAAGGAAAAAAUAGCAAGUCCACAUCUGAAACACAACUACAAUAACAUAUGCAAGGGGAAGUUGGAACAGAUGGACAAUGAAUCUUACACCACUAAGUUAUUAGAAAUGUUAAGUUGGUUUUUUUAGUGAAAGAGUGAAAAUAUUUAAAUUCUUACAUAUAUUAAUAGUAGAUUCUUAAUUCCGUUUAUACCCUUGAAAAUGCUUCUUCUUCUUUAGCUUUGGCAUGGGGGUAUUUAUGUAAUUAGUGGAGCGCAUGAAGCAUUCGAAAGAUAAGUGUUUGGUAAUGUACUAAUGUGUUAAAUGAAAAUGAUAAUUUUUACUAUAAAACCAUCAAUAUACCCGUAUUUGCAUGAUUGG